AGGUCAGUUCGAUUGACCAUACACGAAUCCAAACAAGCCCAUCACCAUGUCUCAGACGAUGAAAUCCUGGUUUGUGGCCGGCAAGAGCGGCUUCGAUUCUCUCGAGUUCAAAGAUGUUGCCGUGCCGGAGCUCGGUGACAAAGACGUUCUGGUGAAAUUUCACGCCUCCUCCCUCAACUACCGCGACCUCAUCAUUCCACAGGGAAAGUACUCCUUCGGCGUUGCAGACAAUGUCGUCCCUGCCUCGGAUGGAGCCGGGACCGUGGAGCGCGUUGGCAAAAACGUGAGCCGGUUCAAGCAAGGCGACAAGGUUGUCGUCCUCUUCAACCAAGGCCAUCUCGCAGGAUCUCUCGACGCUAACUCCAUCAAGACCGGCCUCGGUGGCACUGUCGAUGGUUGUCUUCGAGAAUACGGUGCAUUCGACGAAAAUGGCCUCGUAGCCAUGCCCAAGAACGUAGAUUUUCGACAAGCAGCGACUCUGACUUGCGCCGGUCUGACCGCAUGGAAUGCAUUGUACGGUCUCAAGCCCUUGCUGCCCGGGGAAUAUGUCUUGACUCAGGGUACCGGCGGUGUUUCCAUUUUCGCAGUCCAGUUCGCCAAGGCCGCCGGCGCGAAGGUGAUUGCGACGACGUCGUCUGAGGCCAAGGCUCAGCGCUUGAAGGAGUUGGGGGCGGACCACGUGCUCAACUAUCGCGAGGACGCGAACUGGGGCGAGACGGCGAAGAAGAUCACAGGCGGCGGUGGCGUCCAUCACGUCCUCGAGGUGGGCGGGCCGAACACGAUGACCCAGAGCUUGAAGGCGAUCGCGCGCGACGGCAUCAUCACCAUCAUCGGAUUCCUGGGAGGCGUCAGGGGGGAGAAACAACCUACAUUCUUGGAGUGUUUGAACACUGGUAGCAUUGUGCGGGGAGUGUUGGUUGGAUCGCGCCUGCAAUUCGAGGAGAUGAAUCGGGCCAUCGAGGCAAACAACAUCUUGCCUGUUGUUGACGAGAAGGUUUUCAAGUUGGCGGAGGCCAAGGAAGCCUACCAGUACAUGUGGGAUCAGAAGCACUUUGGCAAAUUAACCAUUGAUAUCUGAGUUCUUCGUGGACCAUUGGCUUCAUAGCUAGCUCCGUAAGAGAGUCGCGAACCGAUCAAAUGUACACCACCAUUGCGGAAAAUUAUCAAUGAAAGACUCGCUGGUAACAUCUCGUGAAUACGUCGUGUGAAAUUGCAAUGUUUUC